AAUUCAUUCACGUGAUCUUGCACAGGUAGCAACCGACCAGAAAGAAUAAACACCUGACGCCCGCCAUGUUGGAUCGUGAAGACCUGAAAUUUACCAAUGGGGUAACGUUAGGCUUAGUUCCCCUAUAGUUACAAAGGUUCUCUAAACAUGGAUCCGUGGAACAGCGCCCAUGAUGUUGUACGCUGCACCCUGUGUCAGGAAUCUGUGGCCCCAAUGUACUGUGAAGUUUGUCAUACACAUCUGUGUAAAGACUGUGUGGAGGAACAUUUCUCUGAUUCCUCUAAAGUUCAUGAAGUGGUGUCACUUAAACAAGAUCUAACCACUUUGAACAAUCCUAAAUGUAGGAAACACCCCACCAAACAAUGUGAACUCCACUGUGAACAAUGUGACAUUCCUAUUUGUGCAGAGUGUAUAUCAUCUGGAAAACAUUUAGGACAUAAACAAGUCGACAUGUUCCAAAGGUUUGAAAACAAAACAGAAAUUUUACAAAAAGAUUUGCAAGAAUUAGAAAAAUCCAUUUAUCUUAAAUACAAAAAGAUUGCAUCCAACAUCCAAGCGCAGAAAGCUGAUCUGAGUCAAAACUCCCAGAAAUUGUCAACAGCAAUCGACAAACAAGGAGAAGUCUGGCACAGAGAAAUAGACACCACUAUCACAAACCUGAAAUCUAACGUGGAGGAAAUGGAAUCCAAACACCUGCCCAUCCUAAAUAAACAGGAAGAUGAAAUCACACGUGCCAUUUCUGAAAUCACACAGACCAUUGCUGAACUGAAGAAGUUAUUGAACUCCAAAAAUGUCAGCCUUGUCUCUGAGUACAAAUCCAGGAACGCUGAAUUCAGAAGAUUGCCUCCUAAACUCAAAGUGUCCUUACCAAAGUUUAGGCCUCAGGAAAUCCACACAGAUCAGCUGAUUGAACAGUUUGGUUCUCUGUCAGCAUUAUCUUUUACAACACAGGAACAAGACUACAGCAUGCCGCCCCAGGGAGCCGAGUCCUCUCCCCCAGACCGGUCACUGAUGGAUGUACCCCGGGUCAUCACAGCUAUAGACACAGAGUAUAGGUAUGGAAUAUAUGGUGUGAUGUGUGUGAAUGAUACAGAGAUAUGGACAUGUGGUAAGGACAGCAUGAUGAACCUCUACAACCUCCAAGGGGAACUAGUGAAGUCCAACCAAACCAAGUCAGGGAAGUAUCCAUACGACAUAGCAGUGACAAGGAGUGGGGAUCUAGUUUAUACUGAUUACGAUGAAUUAACUGUGAACAUAGUGAAGAAUACACAGAUACAGACAGUGAUCGGACUACAGGGGUGGAUACCUUACGGUGUCUGUAGUACCUCCUCUGGUGACCUCCUGGUUGUCAUGGUCAGUGAUGAUAAAGAUGAUAGUGAUGAGAGUGACAGUGAUGACGAUGAUCAUAAACAAACAAAAAUUGUGCGUUACUCUGGCUCCACAGAAAAACAAAGUAUUCAAUACGAUGACAAAGGACAACUUCUCUAUUCAACUGGUGGAUUAUUUAACACUAAAUACAUCAGUGAGAACAGGAACCUAGAUAUCUGUAUGUCAGACCGUGACGCCCGUGCAGUAGUGGUGGUCAAUCAGGCCGGGAAACUCCGGUUUACCUACACUGGUCAUCCCUCUACUACCGAGAAAUCAUUCUAUCCAUACGGCAUCACAACAGACAGCCAGGGUCGGAUCCUGACAGCAGACCAGUACAACCACCGUAUCCACAUCCUGGAUCAGGACGGACAGUUCCUCCGCUACAUUGACAACUGUCAUUUACAGGCUCCAUGGGGUUUGUGUGUGGACACCAGAGACAACCUCUUUGUGGCUGAGUAUGACACAGGUAAAGUGAAGAAAAUCCAAUAUUACAUGUAAAUCAAUUAACUCUACCAAUUAUAUGUAAACAAAGCGUAUAAGUAUAUAUUACAUACUGUGUGUAGAUAUAAUGUAAACAAACUAUACACAUUACUGUAUGUCAUCAUACGGUGUGUAUCAGAUGUAAACACGCUGUGUGUGGAUAAUUUAAUGUAUCACACAUACACUGACCGUGUCUACAAGAUGUAAACAGACUGUUCAACUGUAUCUGUGUUAGGUUGUCAUGAGUCAAUCAUUCCAUUUCUUCAAUCUUUAUUUGUUUAUAUAUCAUAUGUUUGUAUGUAAACAAAUUGUUCUUUAAUAUCGAUAUUACAUCUCAAAACAACUGACAUUGUUUAUAUACUGUAUGUAAACAAACUGUGUUUAUGUAUCACAUGUAUAUAUCAAGUGAUUCUAUGUACAUGUAUAUUACAUAUAGACAAACUCCUUUUUCUAUUACAUGUAUAUAAAGUGACUGUUUUGACUGUGUCUAUAAUCUGUGUUUGUUACAUUAGAAUGAAUGGACUGUAUUUGUUACAUGUAGUUAUCAGCAAACUCUGUGUGACAUGUUUUAAUUACACAUAAUGGGUUAACAGACAGGUAGCACUCAAUUCUUUACCAGCAAUGGAGCGAGGCCACAAAGGGACUGAGGCCCAUUACUUAUAUAGAGGAGUGAUACCUGUAUAUCAACCCAAUCAGAAUUCAUAUCCAAUGAGACGAUUGUUGUGACUUACCUUUAAACCUUCAGAAUUAGAGUAGAUGUUUGAUUUCCUGCUAAUCUUGUAUCUUCUGUUCUAACUUCAUAAAAUCCUUGUGUGGAAUAUAUUUUGUCCCUUGGUGUUUUUAUCUGAAAGAUUUUCCAGAACUGCUUACAAGAUUUCUAAAAAUGUAUUUAGACAAUGAGUAUAUUGACAUAGAUAUACAUGAUAUUGUUUAUGAAUGCUUUAUGAUAAUUAAUGUUUUUAAAUAAAACUUUAAACAAAGAAAUCAAUGU